CAUCUUGAUUAGGGGGCGUGUCUGUGCGGACGGAGCUUGUCCCGGAGAGAAACACCUCCAGUGCUGGCGUGUCGCACUACACACCUUCUGCCGCUCCUCGGACGGACAUUGACUUUUCUACUUUAGUCCACCGCCACAACGCGGUGUGUCUCAAGCCGCGAACAUUUUCAACCAGAGAGGGGAGAAGAAGAAGAAGAAGAAACAUGGCUACUACAACCUGCACGCGGUUCACGGACGAGUAUCAGCUGUACGAGGAGUUGGGCAAGGGAGCCUUUUCGGUGGUGCGCAGAUGCGUGAAGCUGUGCACAGGGCAGGAAUACGCCGCCAAAAUCAUCAACACCAAAAAGUUAUCUGCGAGAGAUCACCAAAAGCUGGAACGAGAGGCUCGGAUCUGUCGCCUGCUUAAACACGCCAACAUCGUUCGUCUUCAUGACAGUAUAUCAGAGGAAGGCUUCCACUACCUCCUCUUUGACCUGGUGACCGGAGGUGAACUGUUUGAGGACAUUGUAGCCAGAGAGUAUUACAGUGAGGCAGAUGCCAGUCAUUGCAUCCAGCAGAUCCUGGAGGCGGUGCUUCACUGCCAUCAAAUGGGCGUGGUGCACCGAGACCUCAAGCCAGAGAACCUGCUCCUGGCCAGCAAAUGCAAGAACGCGGCGGUGAAGCUGGCCGACUUUGGCCUGGCCAUCGAGGUGCAGGGGGAGCAGCAGGCCUGGUUUGGCUUUGCAGGCACACCCGGGUACCUGUCCCCGGAGGUCCUGAGAAAGGAGUCAUAUGGCAAACCCGUGGACAUCUGGGCCUGUGGGGUGAUCCUCUACAUCCUGCUGGUGGGUUACCCUCCUUUCUGGGACGAGGACCAGCACAAGCUCUACCAGCAGAUCAAGGCCGGGGCUUACGACUUCCCUUCUCCUGAGUGGGACACGGUGACCCCAGAGGCCAAAAACCUGAUCAACCAGAUGCUGACCAUCAACCCGGCCAAGAGGAUCACCGCCCAGGAGGCCCUCAAGCACCCGUGGGUCUGCCAACGGUCCACAGUGGCGUCCAUGAUGCACAGACAGGAGACCGUGGAGUGCCUGAAGAAGUUCAACGCCAGGAGGAAACUGAAAGGAGCCAUCCUGACUACCAUGCUGGUCUCUCGGAAUUUCUCCGUGGGCAGCAGGCAGACCACCGCCGCAGCCUCUGCCGCUGCGGCCGCUGGCACCACCGCAGGGUUGGUGGAACAAGCAGCCAAGACUUUGCUGAACAAGAAGGCUGAUGUCAAGAAAAGAAAGUCCAGCUCUACUGUGCAGUACAUGCCCCAGACAAACAGCAGCAAAAACAGCAUAGUCACCAGCCCAAAAGGAAACAUCCCCUCACCUGCUCUGGAACCUCAGACCACCGUCAUCCAUAAUCCAGCCGACGGGACCAAGGAGUCGUCGGACAGCAGCAACACCACGGUGGAGGAUGAAGACGUGAAAGUUCGCAAACAGGAGAUCAUCAAGAUCACGGAGCAGCUGAUCGAGGCCAUCAACAACGGAGACUUUGAGGCUUACGCCAAGAUCUGCGACCCCGGCUUGACCUGCUUUGAGCCCGAGGCUCUGGGCAACUUGGUGGAGGGGAUGGACUUCCACCGCUUCUACUUUGACAACCUUUUGGCCAAAAACCGCAAGUCCAUCCACACCACCAUCCUCAACCCGCACGUGCACCUGUUGGGCGAGGACGGCGCCUGCAUCGCGUACAUCCGCCUCACGCAGUUUGUGGACGAGCAGGCGCAGCCACGCUCCAGCCAGUCGGAGGAAACCCGCGUGUGGCACCGCCGGGACGCCAAGUGGCAGAACAUCCACUUUCACUGCUCGGGCGCCCCCGCCACACCACUGCAAUUAGAUGUUCGUCCUCCAUCUUGUGUGUGAGGUGGAGGAAGAGGAGGAGGAGGAAGAAGAGGAGGAGGAGGAGGAGGUGACAAGCACCAUGCUGGAACUUGAAGCACAUGCCAGGCGGGCACCACCAUGGACCACUACCACUACCACCACCACCCACUAGAGGGCGUGCUGGCUCCUUGGUGAUUCUUUCUUCCUGUGCUCUCCGUCUUUCUCUUUUUUCUUUGUGUGGUGUCACAGCACUGAAUAAUAAUAUUACUAUUACUAUUACUACUACUAGUACUAGUACACACCUCAUGUGUACCAUGGAACUUAUUAGUGAUGCCAGUGGGUUCUAGUUCAAGGAUUUUUGUCCACCUUUUUAAGGAAGCAUGCCCCCCCCCCCCCCCUGUUGAUUACAAUGGCUGUUUUUUAUGGUUGAUAUUUGGUGGAAAAAAUGAUUGUUUUUGUAUUUGGCUUCUCUGUCAGCUGUGAUACCUGCGCCCACUCUCAUAUCUCACCUUUGGCUACUUUUUAAAUCAUUUCUUGUUUUUUGUUGUUGUUGUUGUUGUUGGACUGUUUUUUUUUGUUUUUGUUUGUUUUUUUGUCAAGGGGGCGGGGUCACGCGUGGCGAGCGUGAGUGCGUCUUCUCACUCGAACAAGCCAGGUGGUUAAAAGUGCCAAACGUGCCGGACGGGAAGUGAAGACAUGACAAGGAAGGAGUUCAAACCUUGAAAGUAGAACGAUAGGAAAUCAAGUCCGGGGAAUUUUGGUCUGUUCCGGGGUCAAACUUGCUACCCUGUAUAGACUCGGACAAACUUUAUUCAUCCACGAGGGAAAUUGUUCCACGCAGUAGCUCAGUUACAAAGGAUGGAAAGUGUAAGGAUGGAAAGGAUAAUGCAGGUGUAAAGUAGACUAAAAAUGUAGCCUUAGUAGCAAUAUAAAAUAUAACACUGAUGGCAUCUAUUAAACAAGACAAGAGGCAAAGAAUUAAACCGAGACAGAAUUCAAUUUGGACUCAAUUACAGAUGUUCGAUAAUAUCGUAUUAUCGGCCGAUAAAUGCGUUAAAAUGUAAUAUCGGAAAUUAUCGGUAUCGUUUUUUUUUUAUUAUCGGUAUCGUUUUUUUUGUUUGUUUGUUUUUAUUAAGUCAACAUAAAAAACACAACAUACACUUACAAUUAGUGCACCAACCCCAAAAAAACUCCCUCGCCCCAUUUACACUCAUUCACACAAAAGGGUUGUUUCUUUCUGUUAUUAAUAUUCUGCUUCCUACAUUAUAUAUCAAUAUAUAUCAAUACAGUCUGCAAGGGAUACAGUCCGUAAGCACACAUGAUUGUGUGUGCUGCUGCUCCACUAAUAGUACUAACCUUUAACAGUUCAUUUGACUCAUUUUCAUUCAUUACUAGUUUCUAUGUAACUGUUUUUAUAUUGUUUUACUUUCUUUUUUAUUCAAGAAAAUGUUUUUAAUUUAUUUAUCUUAUUUUAUUUUAUUAAUAUUUUUUUAAAGUACCUUAUCUUCACCAUACCUGGUUGUCCAAAUUAGGCAUAAUAAUGUGUUAAUUCCACAACUGUAUAUAUCGGUAUCGGUAAUUAAAAAGUUGGACAAUAUCGGAUAUCGGCAAAAAAGCCAUUAUCGGACAUCCCUAGACUCCAUAUAUUGAGGAGAGUCGCCCGGACAUUGUAUCCUUCUACAACCUCCAGCACGCUCUGCCCAAAGAUUGAACUCCUCCUCCUUUAUUUGACUUUCUCCCCCCCACCUGACCACAGCUGCUUCCAGAGGGAAGUGGGUCGUAAACAGCGUUGCCUUUGGUUACCGAACACUUCAAAAGAAGAGGUCGUAAAAUAAUUCAAAAAGAGUUCCAUAAAGUAGUUCAAAAAGAGUCCGUAAAAUACCUCAAAAAGAGUUCGUCUGGAAAUUGGGCAGAUCCUUGGUUCUCUCCGCUUUGAAGUCCUUGGGCCAGAACAACAUCCUUCUGUUGAUUACCAUACAUGAGAGAACACC